AGCAUAAUGGGUACAUUACUGACCAGGUCAGCAAAGUGGUCCUCAGAGGACAAACUUAAUUUCAUCCCGCUGAAUGAGCAACUGCUGAAAGAGAUCAUGCUAUACGUGGCGGAUUUCAGCUCUCUGCACCCAGAGGAGUCAAAGAUCUUGUUUGAGGAGCCGCUGCAGUGGAAUACCACUUUAGAUGCAAAUGACUUUGAAGCAGAAUAUGAAUUAAAUGCGUCAGGCGGUGUAGAGUCCAAGGAAAAAGAUGAGCACGGAGUUCCAACGUUAGAGCACUCUCCUCCGACUAUUUCUGUGCGGAACUUCAACCAGCUGGCCAAUAUCAUGAAUAUGGGAAAUGAUAAGAGAUUGGAUGAAGUUCGGGCUUGCAUUGAAGAAAACAGAAUGAUCGAGGUGAAGAUUGUCGGUCCAACUGUUGCUAGCAUGAUUGACAAAGAACACUCACAGGAUGAAGAGUCAGAGUGCAAGAUCCAGCUGCUACGUCUUUUACAAGAUAUGGGGAAAAAUAUUAGUCGCAAAUUGCUCAAAGAAAUAUCAGAAAAGUUUCGUCUCAACCCCUCGUUCGUGGACAACGAAGUGGAAUAUUUACAAGGUUUUUGCGGUAUAGGGGAGGAUAGUCUGUUAAAGUCGGUUCAAUACACAUCAGACUAUGAACAUCCCAAUGGAUGCCGCGCCCCUUUAUGGAGACAAAUAGAAGGUGAGAUGUGUUACCUGGUGAUCGAGACGAAUGACACAGAGACGCUCUACAUCACCUGCAGCAGUUCUGGAUCUUUUCUCAACAUGGGUGUUAAGCAUGACGAGGAGGACGAAAGUGCCUAUGGUAUAACGAGUGAUGUGUUCAAGGGCCUGGUUGAUCUUCUGAAAAACAAAUCACAAUUCUUUGCUGAAGGUUCACAGAAUAUCCAAGGACCUUUGAGUACGCCGAAAUUAGUGGAUGCUCAGACACAACUGUCAUUAAAAAGGGUCGAGAAGAAGUCGACACCGACCGAACGUGAAGAUGAAACGAAGACUUCUGAAAUUGAUGAGUCACAGAAGGAACCCAAGAACAUGUCACAUUUGUCAGAGUCCUCGUACGCGGAUCAACUGUCCUCUAUGAAAGUUAAGUCCCAAUUACAACCAGGGGACGUUUUUAGUGAGACUUCAUCUGAGAGCGAUCAAAGUUACGAGGAAGAAGAACAGCCACCGUGCCGUCAACGAAACACAGAUCUGCCCUCAGAGUACUGGCAGAUCAUAAAACUGGUCAAGUACCUUCGGGCAGGCGACCAGACAGCCACUUUGUUGACUCUCUACGCCUUGAUGGAUUACGACCUGACGCAUGAGACGUAUCAUUGGGCCAUGCAGGACUCAGGUGGCCUCAAAGUUCUCACAAAUAUUCUACAUUUGGACGAAGUUAAUCUCCAACUUGGAUCUCUGCAAAUCCUCAGAGACGUCACCCACAACGCUCAAACCCGCCGAGCCAUCGUCGACAACGGAGGUUUACGAAGCAUCGUUAACGUCCUGGACUCACGGAAUAAAGACGUGAAGGCCUUAGCUGCCGAGACCAUCGCUAAUCUAACCAGUUUCCGCCGGGCGAGGAGAACUGUUCGAAAGUACGACGGGAUUAGUAAACUUGUGAAGCUGCUAGAUUGCGCUCCCGAUAUAGCAAAUGUAGAUGCAAAGCAGGAGAAGGAUGUUGAGGUGGCCCGAUUUGGGGUGUUGGCACUUUGGAGCUGUAGCAAGAGUCCUAAAAACAAAGAGGCCAUCCAUAAUGCUGGUGGCGUUCCUCUACUGGGCCGCCUGCUCAAGUCUACACAGAUGAACAUGCUCAUCCCAGCGGUGGGCAUCCUGCAGAACUGCGCUGACGAGGAGAGUUGCAAAGAUGACAUUCAAACAGAGGGCAUGAUCAAAGACUUGGUCCAGAAUCUCAGCAUUGACAAUGACGAACUACGGAUACAUUGCGCAAAUGUCAUUUUCAAGUGUGCAGAAAACAAGCGGACCCGCACCUUAGUGAAUGAGAGCCGAGGUCUGCAUGCUCUGGUUUCACUUCUAGGCAAGACGGAAAACAAAACGCUCAUGGCUGCCGCCACUGGAGCUAUCUGGAAGUGUUCCCUCAGCCCGGAGAACCUGGAUGUGUUUCAAGAGCAAAAAGUCCUGGAGACCCUGAUCACCCUUCUGGACAACCAGCCCGAAGAUGUGCUGGUUAAUGUGGUGGGAGCCCUGGCGGAGUUUGCACAAAAGCCCGCAAACAAGAUCGCCAUCCGCAAAUGCGGAGGCCUCCAACCACUUGUUCGGCUCCUGAUCGGACGAAACGAGGCGCUGUUGGUGAAUGUAACCAGGGUGGUGGAGGCCUGCGCCACAGAUCUGGACAACAUGGCGAUCAUUCAGGAGCUUGAUGCAAUCCGGUGGGUUUGGAGCUUGUUGAAAAAUCCUAACCCAGAUGUUCAAUCCAGUGCCGCUUGGGCUCUUUGUCCAUGUAUUGAGAAUGCAAAGGAAGCAGGGGAAAUGGUGAGCUCCCUGAUGGGUGCUAUGGAGCUGGUCAUAGAUUUGCUCAAGUCAUCCAACGACAACGUACUGGCAAGCAUAUGCGCCGUGAUUGCCAAAAUCGCCAAAGACAAGUACAAUUUGGCAGUUCUGACCGAUUAUGAGGUGGUCUCGCUACUGGCCAAGCUGACUGACAGACCCGGUGACCUACUUCGUUGCCACCUGGCUCAAGCUAUCGCCCAGUGCUGCCCGUGGCGUAACAACAGGGCGGUCUUCGGCGAGGCGGGAAUCCUGCCCCACCUGGCGCAAUACUUAAAGUCGCAGGACACCAAAGUCCGCCAUAGUACAGUGAUGGCCCUGCAUCAGCUGUCCAAGGAGUCAAACAAUUGCAUCAUCAUGCACAGCGAAGGAGUAGUCAAGCCUCUGAUCCACUUCAUGGGCUGUGAUGAUGAUAAGGUCCGCAACGCCGCCGCUGACUGCGUGCGCAACAUUCGUCUGCUCUUCCCAAACCAGUCUCGGGCCAGAAAAUCACCACACAUGUAAUGGAAGCAGGUGGCUAUAAAUAAAAUGUUAUGAUUAAAUCCA